AUGCUUUUGCCAGCGAGCCUAUUCUGCCUGCUUCAGGCCUGGUUUGCACUGGCCGACACUCCGCCUACUCAAUUGUCAUUGAACAGUCUGCAUGCGUUCUCCGCAGCAACGCUCAAUCCGACGAUGUAUACUCUUCCUGUAUCCACCAACCCCCUGUCAAUAUCUGUUGCCCUAUGCUCAUACGCUACUUCCAACCCUCCACGGUUCUUCGUCGCCAACGAUUCCACAACAACGCCAGGGCCGAAUACGUUGGGCCAGCCCAAUGUAUACGAGAUAGAGUUGAACACCACUGCGCUAGGAGCAUGGACAGGGGAUAUGUUGAACUUUGGUGUCCUGGCGAUAUACAAUGCGACACAAUCGCCAUUUGAGGUUGGUGUCUCCGAUAAUGGACCCAUACAUCAGUUCCUCGAUACAUUACCACUAUUAGGAGAUACCACCACAAAUCAAGUAUUGCUAUUCUCUCCUCCCUUUUCCCCGCCCAGUAUCUCUCAGCCGACAUAUCCUAAUUACACCCUUCCUUCAGCGAACCUCACCUUUCCGUCAGAGCCUUCCUCCCCAUCCGAUUGGGCGUUGUUCAUUGCACCCACUUCUUCACCUGCUUUUGCCUCUCUUCCGCGGACUGGCUGUGCGAUGCGCGCUGCAGCAGGCAACGUUGGCUUUUACAAGACAUCCUCAAAUAGUGAGGGGCUCUGGCUACGCGACAGUGACGGUUGGCGCUGGCAAUGGUUCAUCAAUGGACUCACUCCACAGACGAACUAUACUGUAUAUGGGGUCACGAAUGGAACGCAAGUGAGUGGGCCAAUAUACUUUGUCACCAAGUCUGCUGCGUUCGCGUGCACCAUCGUCUACUCUGUCCCAUUCUGUCCCUCCGUCGCCUAUGCAGCGCCCCUACCAAACUCCGAUCCGGCAGCUGGUAUUACGGGCAGCAUGCUCCCGGACAACAUGACGGAGAACCUGCUCAGCGGAAUGGCCAACUUCACCGUCAUGCUGACGACUCUAGCGUGCGGGCGAGACCUUUAUAGCCCACUCGUCACCUGUGCGGACUGCCAGGCAGCCUACCGCACCUGGCUAUGUCUGGUCUCCUUCCCGCGCUGUACCGAGUACCCCACGUCGUCCACCACCAGCGCGAGCUCGAACUCAACGUCCACAGCCUCGCUGGCCCAAGUCACCCCUGCGCUCCAGGUGCAGGACGCCGCAAACCCUCGCAAUCCGUACCUGCCGGCAUUUUCAGAGAACUACACGGCACUGCUGCCGUGCAUCGAGAUGUGCAACGCGGUCGACCGUGCGUGUCCGCCUUUCUUGGGUUUCGCGUGUCCGAAGCCGCAGUAUACGGCGUCGUGGAGCUAUGGGGUGGGGUACAUCGACAGUGGUGAGAAGGGAGAGGUUGGAGGGGGCUCGACUGGGACAGCUGCGGAUCGAUGGGGCAACGUCUACUGUAACGCCGGCGGCUUCCUCUGA